CCCUUCUCCUCCCCUGCUUGCUGCAGACUCCCUCCUUCUCACUGUCGCUACUGAGAUCCACAGUCAGUUGUGGCUCAGCCCCUGUUGCAGUGGACAAGUGAGGGAGACUUCCCUGUCCUGCCCUGAGACGCCCCCCUCCUAGGGUUGGGGACAGAGCAGGUGCAGAGGCAUUGCAGCUGCCCAGUUGCCCAGCCUCCUGAAAGAUGCCAACCCAGCAUCCUGUAACCUCCAGCCUGGCUCUCCUGGUGCUGCUGGGCACAGCCAGAUCAGGCCCCUUCUCUUCACGGUCCAAUGUGACGCUGCCGGCCCCCCGGCCCCCUCCCCAGCCAGGGGGUCGCACAGUGGGGGCAGGAGGGGGAAGCCCCUCUUCUCAACUUUACGAGCACACAGUGGAAGGAGGGGAGAAGCAGGUGGUAUUCACCCACCGCAUUAACCUGCCCCCUUCCACUGGCUGUGGCUGUCCCCCAGGCACUGAGCCCCCCGUCCCUGCUUCAGAGGUGCAGGCCCUGAAGGUCCGGCUAGAGAUCCUGGAGGAGUUGGUGAAGGGGCUCAAGGAACAAUGCACUGGGGGAUGUUGUCCUUCUGCUGCGCAGGCUGGCACAGGUCAGACAGAUGUGCGGAGCCUCUGCAGUCUCCAUGGUGUGUUUGAUCUGAGCCGCUGCGCCUGUUCCUGUGAGCCAGGCUGGGGUGGGCCCACUUGCUCAGACCCCACAGAUGCUGAGAUGCCUCCCUCCUCCCCACCAUCAGCCUCCGGGUCCUGCCCAGAUGACUGCAAUGAUCAGGGUCGCUGUGUCCGCGGUCGUUGCGUGUGCUUUCCAGGCUACACUGGCCCCAGCUGUGGCUGGCCAUCCUGUCCCGGGGACUGCCAAGGCCGUGGGCGCUGUGUGCAGGGUGUGUGCGUGUGCCGGGCAGGCUUCUCAGGCCCCGACUGCAGCCAUCGCUCCUGCCCUCGGGGUUGCAGCCAGAGGGGACGCUGUGAGGACGGGCGCUGCGUGUGUGACCCCGGCUACACUGGCGAGGACUGUGGUACGCGGAGCUGCCCUCGCGGUUGCAGCCAGAGGGGGCGCUGCGAGAAUGGGCGCUGCGUGUGCAACCCCGGCUACACUGGCGAGGACUGUGGGGUGAGGAGCUGCCCUCGGGGCUGCAGCCAGCGGGGACGCUGCGAGGACGGGCGCUGCGUGUGUGACCCCGGCUACACUGGCGAGGACUGUGGUACACGGAGCUGCCCCUGGGACUGUGGCGAGGGCGGGCGCUGCGUGGACGGCCGCUGCGUGUGCUGGCCCGGGUACGCGGGCGAGGACUGCAGCACGCGGACAUGCCCGAGGGACUGCCGGGGCCGCGGGCGCUGCGAGGACGGCGAAUGCAUUUGCGACGCGGGCUACAGCGGGGACGAUUGCGGCGUGCGCAGCUGCCCUGGCGACUGCAGCCAGAGGGGCCGCUGCGAGGACGGCCGCUGCGUGUGCUGGCCGGGAUACACUGGACCUGACUGCGGCUCGCGCGCCUGCCCACGCGACUGUCGGGGUCGCGGGCGCUGCGAGAACGGCGUGUGUGUUUGCAACGCGGGCUACAGCGGCGAGGACUGCGGUGUGCGCAGCUGUCCUGGGGACUGCAGUGGCCGUGGCCGCUGUGAGAGUGGCCGCUGCGUGUGCUGGCCGGGGUACACAGGCCGGGACUGCGGCACGCGCGCCUGUCCUGGCGACUGUCGCGGUCGCGGGCGCUGCGUGGAUGGCCGCUGCGUGUGCAACCCGGGCUUCACCGAUGAGGACUGUGGGAGCCGUCGCUGUCCCGGGGACUGCCGUGGGCACGGCCGUUGCGAGGACGGCGUGUGCGUGUGUGACUCAGGCUACUCAGGGGAAGACUGCAGCAUGCGCACCUGCCCCGGGGACUGCCGAGGCCGCGGCCGCUGCCUAGAUGGGCGCUGUGAGUGCGAGGACGACUACUCUGGCGAGGACUGCGGUGUAAGGCGGUGCCCGCGCGACUGCAGUCAGCACGGCGUGUGCCAGGACGGUGUGUGCGUCUGCUGGGAAGGCUACGUGGGUGAGGACUGCAGCAUCCGCACCUGCCCCUCCAACUGCCACGGAAGGGGCCACUGUGAGGAGGGGCGCUGCCUGUGCAAUCCAGGCUACACCGGCCCCGCCUGUGCCACCCGUACGUGCCCAGCUGACUGCCGUGGACGUGGGCGUUGUGUGCAGGGAGUAUGCCUGUGCCACGUGGGCUAUGGCGGUGAGGACUGCGGGCAGGAAGAGCCUCCAGCCAGCGCCUGCCCUGGAGGCUGUGGGCCCCGGGAACUGUGCCGGGCAGGCCAGUGUGUGUGUGUAGAGGGCUUCCGAGGCCCUGACUGUGCCAUCCAGACAUGCCCAGGGGACUGCCGUGGCCGAGGAGAGUGUCUUGAUGGCAGCUGUGUCUGCAAAGAAGGGUAUGCCGGUGAAGACUGCGGGGAAGAGGUGCCAGCUAUCGAAGGCAUGAGGAUGCAUCUCCUAGAGGAGACAACAGUUCGGACAGAGUGGACCCGGGCUCCUGGCCCCGUGGAUGCCUAUGAAAUUCAAUUCAUCCCCACGACAGAGGGGGCGAGCCCCCCAUUCACAGCACGGGUUCCAAGCUCUGCCUCAGCCUAUGACCAGAGAGGACUGGCCCCUGGACAGGAGUACCAGGUCACUGUCCGAGCCCUUCGAGGGACCAGCUGGGGCCCUCCUGCCUCCAAGACCAUCACCACCAUGAUCGAUGGGCCCCAGGACCUCCGAGUGGUGGCUGUGACGCCAACAACACUGGACCUCAGCUGGCUGCGUCCCCAGGCCGAGGUGGACCGAUUUGUGGUGUCCUAUGUCAGUGCUGGCAACCAGAGGGUACGGCUGGAAGUGCCCCCUGAAGCAGACAGGACACUGCUGACUGACCUGAUGCCAGGCGUGGAAUAUGUGGUGACUGUCACUGCGGAGCGGGGCCGGGCAGUCAGCUACCCGGCUUCUGUCAGGGCCAACACAGGGUCCUCACCCUCUGGCCUCUUGGGGACUACUGACGAGCCUCCUCCCUCAGGCCCCUCGACGACCCAAGGGGCCCAGGCCCCUCUCCUGCAGCAGCGCCCCCAGGAGCUGGGAGAGUUGAGGGUGCUGGGCAGAGAUGAGACAGGGCGCCUCCGUGUGGCCUGGACAGCCCAGCCCGACACCUUUGCCCACUUCCAACUGCGCCUGAGGGUGCCCGAGGGGCCGGGGGCACAUGAGGAACUGCUGCCAGGGGACGUCCGCCAGGCUCUGGUGCCUCCACCUGCUCCUGGAUCCCCCUAUGAGCUGUCACUUCGUGGGGUCCCUCCUGGGGGCAAGCCCUCUGACCCCAUCAUCUACCAAGGCAUUAUGGACACAGAUGAGGAGAAGCCUGGGAAGUCCUCAGGCCCGCCACGCCUGGGUGAGCUGACGGUGACGGACAGGACCUCUGACUCUUUGCUCCUGCGCUGGACAGUCCCCAAGGGCGAGUUUGACUCCUUCGUGAUCCAGUACAAGGACAGGGACGGGCAGCCCCAGGUGGUGCCCGUGGAGGGGCCCCAGCGCUCGGCUGUCGUCACCUCCCUGGAUCCUGGCCGCAAGUACAAAUUUGUCCUGUAUGGGUUCGUUGGCAAGAAGAGGCAUGGUCCCCUGGUGGCUGAAGCCAAGACCUUGCCUCAGACUGACUCAAGUCCAGGGACUCCACCCCGCCUGGGAAACCUGUGGGUGACAGACCCCACCCCAGACUCACUGCAUCUCUCCUGGACUGUCCCUGAGGGCCAGUUCGACACCUUCAUGGUCCAGUACAGGGACAGGGAUGGACGGCCCCAAGUCAUACCUGUGGAAGGGCCCGAGCGUUCAGUUGUUGUCUCUUCACUGGACCCUGACCACAAGUACAGAUUCACUCUGUUUGGGAUCGCGAACAAGAAGCGGUAUGGGCCUCUCACAGCCGAUGGAACCACUGCUCCAGAGAGGAAAGAGGAGCCCCCCAACCCUGAGUCCCUGGAACAGCCCGUCCUGGGGGAACUGACGGUGACCGGUGUGACCCCAGACUCCUUGCGCCUCUCAUGGACGGUGGCCCAGGGCCCCUUUGACUCGUUCAUGGUCCAGUACAAGGAUGCACAGGGGCAGCCCCAGGCAGUGCCUGUUGCGGGGGAUGAGAACGAGGUUACCGUGCCUGGCCUGGAUCCCGACCGGAAAUAUAAGAUGAACCUCUACGGGCUUCGUGGCAGGCAGCGUGUGGGGCCCGAGUCUGUGGUGGCCAAGACUGCUCCUCAGGAGGUUGUGGACGAGACUCCCAGCCCCACAGAACCCAGCACAGAGACCCUGGAACCCCCUGAGGAGCCACUCCUGGGGGAGCUGACAGUGACAGGAGCCUCCCCUGACUCGCUGAGCCUCUCCUGGACCGUCCCCCAGGGCCGCUUCGACUCCUUCACCGUGCAGUACAAGGACAGGGACGGGCGGCCCCAGGCGGUGCGUGUCCGGGGCGAGGAGAGCGAGGUCACCGUGGGGGGCCUGGAGCCCGGGCACAAGUACAAGAUGCACCUGUACGGCCUCCACGAGGGACGGCGCGUGGGCCCCGUGUCCGCCGUGGGCGUGACAGGUGAGUCUCCCCUCCCACCAGCCCCAGCCACAGAGGUCUCCAGUCCUCCCCUGGAGCCACGCCUAGGGGAGCUGACAGUGACGGAUGUGACCCCCAACUCCGUGGGCCUCUCGUGGACGGUCCCUGAGGGUGAAUUCGACUCCUUUGUUGUUCAGUACAAGGACAGGGAUGGGCAGCCCCAGGUGGUGCCUGUGGCUGCAGACCAGCGGGAGGUCACCAUCCCUGGCCUGGAACCCUCCCGCAAGUACAAGUUCCUGCUCUUUGGGAUCCAGGAUGGGAAACGACGCAGCCCAGUCUCUGUGGAGGCAAAGACGGUUGCCAGCCCAGGGGCCCCACCCCGCCUCGGGGAGCUGUGGGUGACGGACCCCACCCUGGACUCACUGCGCCUCGCCUGGACGGUCCCUGAGGGCCAAUUUGACUCUUUUGUGGUCCAGUUCAAGGACAAAGAUGGGCCCCAGGUGGUGCCCGUGGAGGGCCAUGAGCGCUCUGUCACCGUCUCCCCUCUGGACGCUGGCCGCAAGUACAGAUUCCUCCUCUAUGGCCUUCUGGGCAAGAAGCGCCAUGGCCCCCUCACCGCCGACGGCACCACGGAGGCCCAGAGUGUUACGAACGAUACUGGAACAAAGCGUCCCCCAAAACCCCGUCUGGGGGAGGAGCUGCAGGUGACCAGCGUGACCCAGAACUCCGUGGACCUCUCCUGGACGGUCCCUGAGGGCCAAUUUGACUCCUUUGUGGUCCAGUACAAGGACAGGGACGGGCAGCCCCAGGUGGUGCCUGUGGAGGGCAGCCUCAGGGAGGUCAGCGUGUCAGGCCUGGACCCUGCUCACAGGUACAAGCUGCUGCUCUACGGGCUGCACAGCGGCAAGCGCGUGGGUCCCAUCUCGGCCGUUGCCAUAACCGAACCAGCCCAUGGGGAAGAAACUCGAACCACGGCCCCCACCCCUCCAGCACCUGAGCCCCGCCUCGGGGAGCUGACCGUGGAGGAGGCCACGCCACAUACCCUGCAUCUCUCCUGGAUGGUGACUGAGGGAGAAUUUGACUCCUUUGAAGUCCAGUACACAGACAGAGAUGGGCAACUCCAAAUGGUCCGUACAGGAGGCGACCGAAAUGACAUCACCCUCUCUGGCCUGGAAUCCGACCACAGAUACCUGGUGACCCUGUAUGGUUUCCAUGAUGGAAAGCAUAUGGGUCCUGUCCAGGUCGAGGCCCUGACAGUCCCGGAGGAGGAGGAGCCUUCAGAACCUCCCACCGCAACCUCUGAGCCUCCCAUCAAGCCUCGCCUGGGGGAGCUGACUGUGACAGAUGCCACCCCCUACUCUCUCAGCCUGUCCUGGACGGUCCCCGAGGGCCAGUUUGACCACUUCCUGGUCCAGUACAGGAACGGGGACGGGCAGCCCAAGGCAGUGCGGGUGCCGGGGCACGAGGACCAGGUCACCAUCUCGGGCCUGGAGCCAGACCACAAGUACAAGAUGAACCUGUACGGCUUCCAUGAUGGCCAGCGCGUGGGCCCCGUGUCUGCCAUCGGGGUGACGGCUGCAGAGGAAGAGACCCCCAGCCCCACAGAACCCAGCACGGAGGCCCCAGAGCCCCCCGAGGAGCCGCUCCUGGGGGAGCUGACAGUGACAGGAGCCUCCCCUGACUCGCUGAGCCUCUCCUGGACCGUCCCCCAGGGCCACUUCGACUCCUUCACCGUGCAGUACAAGGACAGGGACGGGAGGCCCCAGGCGGUGCGUGUCGGGGGCGAGGAGAGCGAGGUCACCGUGGGGGGCCUGGAGCCCGGGCGCAAGUACAAGAUGCACCUGUACGGCCUCCACGAGGGGCGGCGCGUGGGCCCAGUGUCCGCCGUGGGUGUGACUGCCCCCAAAGAGGAGCCCCCCGAUGUUCCUCUUGUGAAGCCGCGUCUAGGGGAGAUGACUGUGACAGAUGCCACCCCCGACUCCCUCAGCCUGUCCUGGACGGUCCCCGAGGGCCAAUUUGACCAUUUCUUGGUCCAGUACAAGAAUGGGGACGGGCAGCCCAAGGCAGUGCGGGUGCCAGGACACGAAGACGGGGUCACCAUCUCGGGCCUGGAGCCAGACCACAAGUACAAGAUGAACCUGUAUGGCUUCCACGGUGGCCAGCGCGUGGGCCCCGUCUCUGCUGUUGGUUUAACUGCCCCAGGAAACGAUGAAGAAAUGGUCCCAGCCCCGACAGAACCUCCCACACCCGAGCCCCCCAUCAAGCCUUACCUGGGGGAGCUGACUGUGACAGAUGCCACCCCCGACUCCCUCAGCCUGUCCUGGAUGGUCCCCGAGGGCCAGUUUGACCACUUCCUGGUCCAGUACAGGAACGAGGACGGGCAGCCCAAGGUGGUGCAGGUGCCGGGGCAUGAGGACGGGGUCACCAUCUCGGGCCUGGAGCCAGACCACAAGUACAAGAUGAACCUGUACGGCUUCCAUGAUGGCCAGCGCAUGGGCCCCGUGUCUGCCAUCGGGGUGACGGCUGCAGAGGAAGAGACCCCCGGCCCCACAGAACCCAGCAUGGAGGCCCCAGAGCCUCCCGAGGAGCCGCUCCUGGGGGAGCUGACAGUGACAGGAGCCUCCCCUGACUCGCUGAGCCUCUCCUGGACCGUCCCCCAGGGCCGCUUCGACUCCUUCACCGUGCAGUACAAGGACAGGGACGGGAGGCCCCAGGCGGUGCGUGUCGGAGGCGAGGAGAGCGAGGUCACCGUGGGGGGCCUGGAGCCCGGGCGCAAGUACAAGAUGCACCUGUACGGCCUCCACGAGGGGCGGCGCGUGGGCCCUGUGUCUGCCGUGGGCGUGACUGCCCCAGAAGAGGUUGUGGACGAGACCCCCAGACCCACAGAACCCAGUACAGAGGCCCCAGAACCCCCUGAGGAGCCACUCCUGGGGGAGCUGACAGUGACAGGAGCCUCCCCUGACUCGCUGAGCCUCUCCUGGACCGUCCCCCAGGGCCGCUUCGACUCCUUCACCGUGCAGUACAAGGACAAGGAUGGGCGGCCCCAGGUGGUGCGUGUUGGGGGCGAAGAGACCGAGGUCACCGUGGGGGGCCUGGAGCCCGGGCGCAAGUACAAGAUGCACCUGUACGGCCUCCACGAGGGGCGGCGCGUGGGCCCAGUGUCCACCGUGGGUGUCACAGCUCCAGAGGAUGAAGCCGAGACCACCCAAGCAGCACCCACCACGACUCCUGAGCCCCCCAUCAAGCCUCGCCUGGGGGAGCUGACCAUAACGGACGCCACCCCCGACUCCUUCAGCCUGUCCUGGACGGUCCCCGAGGGCCAGUUUGACCACUUCCUGGUCCAGUACAGGAACGGGGACGGGCAGCCCAAGGCAGUGCGGGUGCCGGGGCACGAGGACGGGGUCACCAUCUCGGGCCUGGAGCCAGACCACAAGUACAAGAUGAACCUGUACGGCUUCCACGGUGGCCAGCGCGUGGGCCCCGUGUCUGCCAUCGGGGUGACAGCUGCAGAGGAAGAGACCCCCAGCCCCACAGAACCCAGCACGGAGGCCCCAGAACCCCCCGAGGAGCCGCUCCUGGGGGAGCUGACAGUGACAGGAGCCUCCCCUGACUCGCUGAGCCUCUCCUGGACCGUCCCCCAGGGCCACUUCGACUCCUUCACCGUGCAGUACAAGGACAGGGAUGGGUGGCCCCAGGUGGUGCGUGUCGGGGGCGAGGAGAGCGAGGUCACCGUGGGGGGCCUGGAGCCCGGGCGCAAGUACAAGAUGCACCUGUAUGGCCUCCACGAGGGGCGGCGCGUGGGCCCUGUGUCCACUGUUGGUGUGACUGGUGGACGCUGGCAAGAGAGCGAGGUCACCGUGGGGGGCCUGGAGCCCGGGCGCAAGUACAAGAUGCACCUGUACGGCCUCCACGAGGGGCGGCGCGUGGGCCCCGUGUCUGCCGUGGGCAUGACAGCUCCAGAGGAUGAAGCCGAGACCACCCAAGCAGCACCCACCACGACCCCUGAGCCCCCCAUCAAGCCUCGCCUGGGGGAGCUGACCAUAACGGACGCCACCCCUGAUUCCUUCAGCCUGUCCUGGACGGUCCCCGAGGGCCAGUUUGACCACUUCCUGGUCCAGUACAGGAACGGGGACGGGCAGCCCAAGGCGGUGCGGGUGCCGGGGCACGAGGACGGGGUCACCAUCUCGGGCCUGGAGCCAGACCACAAGUACAAGAUGAACCUGUACGGCUUCCACGCGCCGCUGCCCACACUGCCGCCCGUGGAGCCCCACCUGGGGGAGCUGGUGGUGGCGGGCGUGACCUCGGACUCGGUGGACCUCUCGUGGUCGGUGGUCCAGGGCCCUUUCGACUCCUUCCUGGUGCAGUACAGGGACGUGCAGGGGCAGUCCCAGGCAGUGCCUGUGAGUGGAGACCUCCGAGCGGUCACCAUCUCGGGGCUGGACCCGGCCCGCAAGUACAAGUUCCUGCUCUUUGGACUCCAAAAUGGGAAACGCCACGGCCCAGUCCCUGUGGAGGCCAGGACCGCACCAGACACGAAACCCUCUCCCCGCCUGGGGGAGCUGACUGUGACAGAUGUGACCCCUGACUCCCUGGGACUCUCGUGGACCGUUCCUGAGGGCGAAUUCGACUCCUUUGUGGUCCAGUACAAGGACAGGGAUGGGCAGCCCCAGGUGGUGCCGGUGGCAGCCGACCAGCGGGAGGUCACUGUCCCCGGCCUGGAGCCCAGCAGGAAAUACAAGUUCCUGCUCUACGGUCUGGCAGGCAGGAAGCGACUGGGCCCUGUCUCUGCUGAGGGCACCACAGCUCCCCUGGAGAAGGAGCUGCAGCCCCCUCCCCGCCUUGGAGAACUGACCGUGGCCGAGGAGACCUCCAGCUCCCUGCGCCUGUCCUGGACAGUGGCCCAGGGCCCCUUUGACUCCUUCGUGGUCCAGUACAGGGACAAAGAUGGGCAGCCCAAGGCAGUGCCUGUGGCCGAAGACCAGCGCAUGGUCACCAUAGAGGACCUGGAGCCUGGCAGGAAAUACAAGUUUCUGCUGUACGGGCUCCUCGGGGGAAAGCGCCUGGGCCCAGUCUCCGCCCUGGGAAUGACAGCCCCAGAAGAGGACACACCAGCACCAGAGUUAGCCCCAGAGGCCCCUGAACCUCCUGAAGAGCCCCGCCUAGGAGUGCUGGCUGUGACCGACACAACCCCAGACUCCCUGCGCCUCUCAUGGAGCGUGGCCCAGGGCCCCUUUGAUUCCUUCGUGGUCCAGUAUGAGGACGCAAAAGGGCAGCCCCAGGCCUUGCUGGUGGAUGGCGACCAGAGCAAGGUCCUCAUCUCAGGCCUGGAGCCCAGCACCUCCUACAGGUUCUUCCUCUACGGCCUCCGGGAAGGGAAGCGUCUGGGGCCCGUCUCAGCCGAGGGCACCACAGGGCCGGCCCCUGCUGGUCAGGCCUCAGGAGAGCCAGGGCCCCGCCUGUCCCAGCUGUCUGUGACCGAUGUGACCACCAGUUCACUGAGGCUCAACUGGGAGGCCCCACCUGGGGCCUUCGACUCCUUCCUGCUCCGCUUCGGGGUCCCAUCCCCAAGCACCCUGGAGCCCCACCCGCGUCCUCUGCUGCAGCGCGAGCUGAUGGUGCCGGGGACACGGCACUCGGCCGUGCUCCGGGACCUGCGUCCGGGGACUCUGUACAGCCUAACGCUGUAUGGGCUGCGAGGGCCCCACAAGGCCGACAGCAUCCAGGGCACCGCCCGCACCCUCAGCCCAGUGCUGGAGAGCCCUCGUGACCUCCAAUUCAUCGAAAUCGGGGAGACCUCAGCCAGGGUCAACUGGAUGCCCCCGCCAUCCCGGGUGGACAGCUUCAAAGUCUCCUACCAGCUGGCGGAUGGAGGGGAGCCACAAAGUGUGCAGGUGGAUGGCCGGGUCCGGACCCAGAAACUUCAGGGGCUGAUCCCAGGCGCUCGCUACGAGGUGACCGUGGUCUCCGUCCGAGGCUUUGAGGAGAGUGAGCCUCUCACAGGCUUCCUCACCACAGUUCCUGAUGGCCCCACCCAGUUGCGUGCACUGAACUUGACUGAGGGAUUCGCCAUGCUGCACUGGAAGCCCCCCCAGAAUCCUGUGGACACCUAUGACGUCCAGGUCACAGCCCCUGGGGCCCCGCCUCUGCAGGCCGCGGCCCCAGGCAGUGCGGUGGACUACCCCCUGCAUGACCUCGUCCUCCACACCAACUACACCGCCACUGUGCGUGGUCUGCGGGGCCCCAACCUCACUUCCCCAGCCAGCAUCACCUUCACCACAGGGCUAGAGGCCCCUCGGGACUUGGAGGCCAAGGAAGUGACCCCCCGCACAGCCCUGCUCACUUGGACUGAGCCCCAAGUCCGGCCCACAGGCUACCUGCUGAGCUUCGACACCCCUGGUGGACAGACCCAGGAGAUCCUGCUUCCGGCAGGGGUCACGUCUCACCAGCUGCUCGGCCUCUUUCCCUCCACCCCCUACAGUGCUCGGCUCCAGGCCAUGUGGGGCGAAAGCCUCCUGCCGCCAGUGUCCACCUCUUUCACCACGGGUGGGCUGCGGAUCCCCUUCCCCAGGGACUGCGGGGAGGAGAUGCAGAACGGAGCCGCUGCCUCCAGGACCACCACCAUCUUCCUCAACGGCAACCGCGAGCGGCCCCUGAACGUGUUUUGCGACAUGGAGACCGAUGGGGGCGGCUGGCUGGUGUUCCAGCGCCGCAUGGAUGGACAGACAGACUUCUGGAGGGACUGGGAGGACUAUGCCCAUGGUUUUGGGAACAUCUCUGGAGAAUUCUGGCUGGGCAAUGAGGCCUUGCACAGCCUGACACAGGCCGGUGACUACUCCAUGCGUGUGGACCUGCGGGCUGGGGACGAGGCUGUGUUCGCCCAGUACGACUCCUUCCGCGUAGACUCAGCUGCGGAGUACUACCGCCUCCACCUGGAGGGCUACCAUGGCACCGCAGGGGACUCCAUGAGCUACCACAGCGGCAGUGUCUUCUCUGCCCGUGAUCGGGAUCCCAACAACUUGCUCAUCUCCUGCGCUGUCUCCUACCGAGGGGCCUGGUGGUACAGGAACUGCCACUAUGCCAACCUCAACGGGCUCUACGGGAGCACGGUGGACCAUCAGGGAGUGAGCUGGUACUACUGGAAGGGCUUUGAGUUCUCGGUGCCCUUCACGGAAAUGAAGCUGAGACCAAGAAACUUUCGGUCCCCAGCGGGCGGAGGCUGAGUUGCUGCCCACCUCUCUCGCACCCUAGUAUGACUGCCGAGCACUGAGGGGUUGCCCCAAGAGAAGAGCCAGGGGCCUUCACCACCUGGCCACUGGAGGAAGCCUUCUCCUUCUCUGCCAGCGACCUCACAGCACUAUGUUUACAGGGGGGAGGGGAGGGGCUCAUAGGGGAGCAAUAAAGGAGAAACUGAGGCACC